AUGAAGCUGGGUUUCAUGCUCAUGCUAGCCGGGACCAAUUUCAAAAACUACGGUAUCUACGAGGACAUUUCGAAUCACAUGAAGAUGCCGUUAAUCGAUUGGCAACCCUCGAAGACGGAUAAUAGCGGAAAAACGGGCGAGAGUCCGAUGAUAUUCUCGGUGGCGCCGUCUUCCGAACAAUUAUUGAUCGAUUAUAUUCAGUACAAAGGAUGGCGGGAUAUUGUUUAUAUUCACGACGGAAAAAAUGGUACGUUUGCGAGAAAAACUUCCGAGAAAACUUCCGCAUUUGAUUUGCAGCCGACCAAACUCUGCGUUCAAUGUUCUCCUACCUUCACCGCAAAUCGCCAAGCUAUCAGUUGUUCGUUGACAAUUAUAUGGUAACUUUUUAUGCUGUCUUUUGUACAGUAACCCCCGACACUACCGUAAUCCUAGGCGCCGGCCGACGAGGAAAUGUUCAAAGAGUUUCUCAACGAUUUCCAUCGACGCAUUUCGACGCAACACAAAAUGCGAACCAACGAUAGCAGCGAGGAAGUCGAUGAGCCAAAGUGGGAGAAAACUUGCGAGAAAACUUGCGAGAAAACUUGCGAAAAAACUUGCGAGAAAACUUGCAAGAAAACUUGCAAGAAAACUUUUGAGAAAACUUGCGAGAAAACUUGCAAGAAAACUUGCAAGAAAACUUGCGAGAAAACUUGCGAGAAAACUUGCGAGAAAACUUGCGAGAAAACUUGCGAGAAAACUUGCGAGAAAACUUGCGAGAAAACUUUCGAGAAAACUUGCGAGAAAACUUGCGAGAAAACUUGCAAGAAAACUUGCAAGAAAACUUGCGAGAAGACUUGCGAGAAAACUUGCGAGAAAACUUGCGAGAAAACUUUCGAGAAAACUUGCGAGAAAACUUGCGAGAAAACUUGCGAGAAAACUUGCGAGAAAACUUUCGAGAAAACUUGCGAGAAAACUUGCGAGAAAACUUGCAAGAAAACUUGCAAGAAAACUUGCGAGAAGACUUGCGAGAAAAACUUGCAAGAAAAACUUGCAAGAAAAACUUGCGAGAAAAACUUGCGAGAAAACUUUCGAGAAAAACUUGCGAGAAAAACUUGCGAGAAAAACUUGCGAGAAAAACUUGCGAGAAAAACUUUCGAGAAAAACUUGCGAGAAAAACUUGCGAGAAAAACUUGCAAGAAAAACUUGCAAGAAAAACUUGCGAGAAGACUUGCGAGAAAACUUGCGAGAAAAACUUGCGAGAAAACUUUCGAGAAAACUUGCGAGAAAACUUGCGAGAAAACUUGCGAGAAAACUUGCGAGAAAACUUGCGAGAAAACUUGCGAGAAAACUUGCAAGAAAACUUGCAAGAAAACUUGCGAGAAGACUUGCGAGAAAACUUGCGAGAAAACUUGCGAGAAAACUUGCGUCUUUCAGUCCCGUCAACGUUUUGGUCGAUCUGGAGGGCAGCUACCGUACGCGUGCGUUCAUCCGAGCUCUCGAGGAGAGUGUGCUCGUCAAGAAGGAGUAUCAUUACGUUUUUUCGAAUUUUGUAAGACAUCCACCUCUUUUCAAAUGUACAAUAUUCAUCAGGACGUCGACGAAACCGACCUUUCCGGCUUUCAUUUUUCCCUGAUUAACAUUACAAUUUUUCGGAUUUUCGACAAAACCAACAAGCGAUUUCAGUGCGUUUUUUUUUUUUUUGGCUCCAGCAAAACGUAUAUAUCUGGCAGAGUUUCAGAAGGACGCGAGCCGAAUUCCACGACGUCUACCGUGGCGGCUUCUCGAACACGGACAAUAUUCCGAGUGCGGCCGCGUUUGCGCACGACGCCAUUUUGGUGGCCGGCGCGGCGAUGCGAAUUGCGAUGCGCGAACACGGAAACGGCGUUUUCGACAAGUACGUGGCCGAUUUCCGGAUAUUCUCGCGAAAUUCUCGCGAAAUUCUCGCGAGAUUCUCGCGAAUUUCUCGCAAAUUUUUCUGCAGAUCGUUCAACCGUCACCAAGUGUACAAUCGCGGCAAAAAGGGAUUGUAUUGUCGGCCGCACGAGGACACGACACAAACGCGCCAAUUUGAAAAUUUUGAGCACGGCGCCAAAAUUGCGGAGGCGAUCCGCAAAGUGGUCCUUUCGGAUCAGGACGGCACGUUGACCGGACGCAUCGAAUUCGAUCGCGUCAGCGGGCGGCGCACGAAUUUCUCGGCGGAAGUCGUCGAGAUCAGGCCCGGCGUCAACUCGUUGAAUAGUGUUUGGGAGGUGAGCGCUAGGGUUACGGGAAACGGGAUCCGACAUUUUCACACAGCGAUUCCAAUGGGCUCAAGGCGAAGGAUUUUUGCUGGGCGGCGAGCGUCACGUUCAGGAGCGAAAAAAGGAUUCGGGACAGACGAGAAAAGGGAUUCUGGCGUCGAGACCCGGAAAACUGCGGUUUAACGUGGUUACGGUACUCGUGAAACCGUUUGUGAUGCUCAAAAGACGCAAUCCCGGAGAGCCCGAGCUGCAGGGUAACGAUCGGUAAGGAAACGACGAGGGAUUACUGUACUUUGACGCUUUUUUGUUAAGAUUCGAGGGUUACUGUAUGGAUCUGCUCAAAUUGUUGGCCAAAAACAUUUCCGGAUUCGAGUACGACGUUUUCAUUUCGGACGGCAACAAAUACGGCGCCAGACAGGCCGAUGGCAGUUGGGACGGAAUGGUCGGCUAUUUAUUGAACGAGGUGGGCGCGCGAAAUUUUUUUGAGAUGAGACUAUAUUUUUUCCCGGUUAACCGGAUGAUGCUCGUUAUUUUAAGCUCAAACGGGGGUCUGUAGGAUUUUUUUGAAAAAAGUUAUGAUUUUUUAAAGUUGCGGAAAAUGUUUUUUUCAGACUGCUGACGUGGCAGUGGCCCCGCUGACGAUAACGCAGGAACGAGAGCGAGCCGUGGACUUUUCGAAGCCGUUCAUGACGACCGGCAUAUCGAUUAUGAUAAAAAAGCCGGAGAAACAGGAGUUCAACAUUUUUUCGUUCAUGGAACCGCUCGGAAUGACCAUUUGGAUUUUUACGCUCAGCUCGUAUUUCGGAGUAGGUUUCGGCUUUGAACUACCGUAUCUCGGCGAUUUUUCAACAUUUUUUUAAUCUUAAAAAACGAAUUGAUAGAAAAUUCUAAGCUCUACAACUUUGCUGUUGAACAUUUUUCACAAAAACCCAUGAGCAUCGAGAUAUUAUCGAUUUACGCGCAAGCGUACUUUUAAAAAGCACUUUUCCGGCCUCAAAAACCGGCUGCAAUUCCAGGUUUCGCUCACCAUUUUCCUUGUCUCGUGGUUUUCGCCGUACGAGAAGCGAAUCGAGUUCAAACGCGGCGAAUUUACGGUGACGAACGAGUUCACCCUCUAUAAUUCCCUCUGGUUCACUCUCGCCGCCUUUAUGCAACAAGGAACCGACAUUUUACCGAGGUUCGUCUAAUUUCACUUUCCUCCCCCAAAAAUCUGCAAUUUCAGAGCGGUUUCCGGUCGGAUCGCCUCUUCGUGUUGGUGGUUCUUCACCCUAAUCAUUGUCUCUUCGUACACCGCCAAUUUGGCCGCUUUUCUGACGCUAGGUACGUGAAUUACGGUGGGCACCGAAAAUGCGCCAGCAAAUAGUACUGUACUUUCACGGCGCGGCCUUCGCAACAUACGCAGCCAAUGGUAUGCAUUUUUGCGCGUCGGUGUGGCUCUGCGUACAGUGCAUUUUAUGUUACGCGCACAGUUCUUUUUUUUUUUUAGUUUUUGAUGAAUUUUCUCCAAAUAUUCAUCUUCUUAAAGCGUUUUUCUCCACUUUCUACCUCAAUUAGACCUUUUAACAGAUUCCAGGUGGAGUAAUACGCGAAAAGAAGUCGAUGCGAUGAAAAGAAACGCGUAAGUAAGUGAAAGUAAUGUUUUAUUCAGAAAAUAUACGAUUUCUCGAAAAACGUCUCUAGAUUUACUAAUAUUUUGAUUUAAAAAGUUCACUAACAUGACUGUGAAUGUCUUCGAAUCAAAAAAAAGAAAAGUGACAGCUCGCUUUGGCGUAAAAAUUGGUCUUUUGCCGGAAAACAGUGACAUUUCGUUGGAAAAAUUUUUUUUCUCAAAAACCGUCUCUAGAUUUUCUAAGUUUUUUGUUUAAAUAGUUCACUUACAUGACUGUGAAUGUCUUCGAACCAAAAAAAAGCAGAGUUGCCAAGGGCCGGGCCGGGCCGGGCCGAAAUUUUCAAAACUCCGGCCCGGCCCGGUUCAAAAAGCGGGAAUCCAAAUUCUGAACUAUUGAUUAAAUAAAAUGUUUGUUUUUCGUAGAACUAACGAAUUUUGCAAGUAUCGAGCAUAAAAAAGAAAUGUAGUUCUCAAAAAUAGUUUUUAUUGGCAUCAAAGCAAAAGUAACAAUUAAAAAAGAAGAAAAUAAUAACUUUUCCCAAUAAAUUUCUUACAGUUCGAAACGCUUUUUCAGCGAGUUCGAGUUCCGUUUUUUUAAAUUUUGAUCCCCGCAAAAAAAAACGAAAAAAUAGAUUUCGUAGAAGCAAAAAAAAUUUUUUUAAAACGAAAUUUCACUGUCUUCCGGCAAACUAUCGGUUUUUCUGCGAAAGCGAGCUGUCACUGUACUUUUUUUUGGUUCCAAAGCAUUCUCAGAAAUGUAAGUAAAGUUUUUUAACCAAAAGAUUAGAAAAUCUAGUCACGUUUUUCGAGAAAUCGUGCAUUUUCUGAACUAAACCUUACUUUCACUUACUUACGCGUUUCUUUUCAUCGCAUCGACUUCUCUUCGCGUAUUACUUCACCUCGAAUCUGUAAAAAGGUCUAAUUGAGGUAGAAAGUGGAGAAAAACGCUUUAAAGAGAUGAAUAUUUGGAGAAAAUUCAUCAAAAACUAAAAAAAAAGAACUUUGCGCGUAACAUAAAAUGCACUGUACGCAGAGCAACACCGGCGUGCAAAAAUGCACAGACUGAGGAUCAAACGUUUGGUGAACGUCGCAAAAGCCGCGCCGUGACGUACUUUGUUCCCAAAUUUUGCUGUAAACUACUGUAGUAACCCGAUUUCAGAGCGAAUGACGCCGCCCAUCGAAAGUGUGGAAGACCUGGCGAAUCAGAAUAAGAUAUUGUAUGGAGUUGUGGAGGGAGGAAGUACCGCCGCCUUUUUUGAGGUUCGGAAAUUGGUUCGGCGGUCUAUAUAAUAUUGCAAAACAAUCGUUUAGGACUCGAUUGUUCCGCUGUACAAAAAAAUGUGGAACUUCAUGGUCAGCUCGACACAAAAACAGUUGGAAGUGGGAAAACAGUCGAAUAGGUACACACUUUUUCCCGAUUCUUCUAGACCAUUUCUUUUUUGCAGUACCGCCAAUCGAAUAUUCGUGAGCUCGUACGCGGACGGCAUCGAAAAAGUGCGCACGAGCAAGGGCAAAUACGCGUUUCUCCUGGAGGAGACCACGAAUAACUACGAAUCGGGGCGACGGCCGUGCGAUACGAUGAAAGUCGGACAGAAUCUGAACACGUUGGGCUACGGUAUCGCGACGAAGAUUGGAAAUCCGUUGAGGUAUACCUUUUCCGUUUAUUAUCUUAAUGCCGCGUCCGAAAAGUCUCGGAAAACCCGCAAAUCUCGCGGAUUUUGCAGUCAAAAGUCGGCAGAAAUUUGCGGGAAAUCCGGGGUGCGCACAGCUGAACGAGUGUUACCGUACACCAUAAAACUAUGGUAUUUUUUUGAAAAAAAUUUAAAUUUCUCGACAAUAUUUGAAAUUUUUAAAAAUUUCUUGGGUAAAUUUUCAAAAAAAUAAAAAAAUUUCUGGACAAUAUUUGAAAAUUUUCAAACUUCUUGGGUAAAUUUUUCAACAGUAUUUUUUUGAAAAAAAUUUUUAAAUUUCUCGACAAUAUUUUAAAUUUUUUUCAAAUUUCUUGGGUAAAUUUUCAACAGUAUUUUUUUGAAAAAAAUUUUAAAAUUUCUCGACAAUAUUUGAAAAUUUUUCAAAUUUCUUGGGUAAAUUUUUCAACGGUAUUUUUUUGAAAAAAAUUUUAAAAAUUUCUCGAGAAUAUUUGAAAUUUUUUUCAAAUUUCUUGAGGUAAAUUUUCAAAAAAAUAAAAAAAUAAAAAAAUUUCUCGAGAAUAUUUGAAAUUUUUUUCAAAGCUUCUUGGGUAAAUUUUUCAACAGUAUUUUUUUGAAAAAAAUUUUAAAUUUCCCGACAAUAUUUGAAAUUUUUUUCAAAUUUCUUGGGUAAAUUUUUCAAAAAAAUAAAAAAAUAAAAAAAUUUCUCGACAAUAUUUGAAAUUUUUUUCAAAUUUCUUGGGUAAAUUUUUCAAAAAAAUACCGUAGUUUUAUGGUGUACGGUAACACUCGUUCAGCUGUGCGCACCCCGGAUUCACCCGCAAAUUUCUGCCGACUUUGGACUGCAAAGUCCGCGAGAUUUGCGGGGUUUACGAGACUUUGGACGCGGCAUAAACAGCUCACAAUUUUUCAGAGUCUCGCUCAAUCUCGCCAUCCUCUAUCUGUCCGAGAAGGGAGAGCUGAAAAAGUUGGAGAACAAGUGGUGGUACGAUCGGGGCCAGUGCGACACCGGCACGUCGGACGGCGGCACGAGUUCGAGUCUGAAUUUGUCGAAAGUCGCCGGAAUAUUCUACAUCCUGUUGGCCGGCAUGGUGUUGUCCAUGUGCACCGCGCUGAUCGAGUUCCUCUUCCGAAAGAGCAAGGAGCGCCGGGAGAAGGAGCGCAAUCGGCAGCGGAAUUCGCGGCAGAAGCCCGCCAUUGUGGCCAGUUGUCAACGCGCGAAACAGAAGCAGCAGAGGAGGACCAAGAGUGAAGAGACCCCCAGGAGCACACUUUUUUGA